AAUGGUUCCUAUUCUACCGAUCUGAAGCAGAUACAAGUAUGCCAGCGAAAGUAACCGGCAGGACAGCUGUUUAAUUUCGUCUGCAAAUUUCGCUAUCUUGUCUACAGACUUCAGAGUUGGUACAUGAUUUUGACUGCGCAGUGCAUUGUGGGACAAAAAUAAAGUGCAAAAAAUAUCAGAGGGGACAAAGAAGCAAGACGGAGCGGAAAGGGGCCUCACUAAACUUUCCAGCAAUUUGUUCUCAGUAUCUAAGGCUGCAUAAAAUACAAGAAAACAUUAGGCAGCGCGGUCUCGGAGCCUCGGCUGAAGCGAUAAACUCGGAAAUUGACAGAGAAAUGGGACUUUGAUCGGCAGAAGAUAGCAGCCUCACGCCUGCGAGAUCCACUCUUAUCCACAUCCACGGGAGGUGAAACAGACUCUUAAGAUGGGCGUCAAAACCUUUACCCACAGUUCUCCCACCCACAGCCAGGAGAUGCUGGAGAAGCUGAACGCCCUUCGCAACGAGGGUCACUUCUGCGACGUCACCAUCCGGGUCCAGGACAAGCUCUUCUUGGCACACAAGGUGGUCCUGGCCUGCUGCAGCGAAUUCCUGCGCGCCAAGCUGGCGGGAAAGCCGGACGAGGCGGACAAGUUCGUCCUGGACUUGCACCACGUGACGGUGAGCGGCUUCACCCCGCUCCUGGAGUACGCCUACACCUCCACCCUCUCCAUAAACACCGAGAACAUCAUCGACGUGCUGGCGGCCGCCAGCUACAUGCAGAUGUUCGCCGUGGCCAGCACCUGCUCCGAGUUCAUGAAGUCCAGCAUCCUGUGGAACGCCAGCGGCGUGGCGCAGGAGAAGGCCCCUGAGGCGGCCCCCGAAAGUGCUUCCAGCCGGGCCCUGACCCCCCUGGAGGGCAGCCUGUCCCCCGUCUCCUCCGAGUGCAGCGUGGUGGAGAGGGCCAUCCCCACCUGCCGCGAGUCGCGCCGCAAGCGGAAGAGCUUCAUCGUGAUGUCGCCGGAGAGCCCGCUCAAGUGCGGCAUGCAGAUCGCCUCCCCGCAGAUGGCCAACCCCUCGCCCUCCUUCCCCGAGACCGCCGUCCAGCCCGUGGACUCCUCGCUGGCUUUCCCCUGGACCUUCCCCUUCGGCAUCGACCGCAGGUUCCAGGUGGAGAAGCCCAAGCUCCCCGGGAGCCCCCACGGCCUGGAGCAGCCGAGGCCUUCCGACGUCAGCAGGGGGCUGGCCGAGUACCUGACCUGCGAGGGCUCGAAGGCGGCGUCCCCGCUGGUGGCGGAGGAGGACGUGCGCGUGAAGGUGGAGCGGCUAAGCGAUGAGGAGGUGCACGAGGAGGCAUCCCAGCCUGUCAGCGCCUCCCAGAGCUCCCUCAGCGACCAGCAGACUGUCCCCGGGAGCGAGCAGGUCCAGGAGGAGCUCCUUAUCAGCCCACAGUCCUCCUCCAUAGGCUCAGUGGACGAGGGAGUGGCAGAAGGGUUGCCUUCAAUCCAGGGUCCAUCCAAUUCCGCUGGACAUGCCGAAGACGACGAAAGGUUGGAAAAUGUCCAGUACCCUUAUCACCUAUACAUAAGCCCAUCAGCGAGGCCUGGUACAAACGGGCCAGACAGGCCCUUUCAAUGCCCUACUUGUGGAGUGAGGUUCACACGCAUCCAGAACUUGAAGCAACACAUGCUUAUCCACUCAGGCAUAAAACCUUUCCAGUGUGAUCGCUGUGGGAAAAAGUUCACAAGGGCCUACUCGCUAAAGAUGCACCGUCUGAAGCACGAAGGUAAACGCUGUUUCCGGUGCCAGAUAUGUAGCGCCACUUUCACUUCCUUCGGUGAAUAUAAGCACCACAUGAGGGUGUCCCGCCACAUAAUCCGCAAGCCGCGGAUUUACGAGUGCAAAACGUGCGGAGCCAUGUUUACCAACUCUGGCAAUUUAAUCGUACACCUGAGGAGUCUGAACCAUGAGGCGUCAGAGCUAGCAAACUACUUCCAGAGCAGUGACUUCCUCGUGCCCGACUACCUGAGCCAGGUGCAGGAGGAGGCUCUGGGACAGUACGAUCUGGCAGACCACGGCUUCGAAGGCAGCUCGUCUGUCCAGAUGCCAGUCAUUUCCCAGGUCUCCUCCACACAGAACUGCGAGAGCGCCUUCCCCCUCGGCCCCCAGGGGCCUCUGACUGACAGGGAGGAGGAAGAGGAGGAGGAGGAGGAAGAGGCAGUGACUGAAGAGCCAAAGAACCAGGCCAGUAGCAGCUCCCUCGGAGUCCCUGAGGACAUUCCCCAAGAGAAGGGGCUGGCCUCCGUUACCGUGGAGUAACAACGUCCACUCCCCCCCUUUGCCCCCCCGUGCCCUGCCUUCGGAAAGUGCCUGAAUUCCUGUCUCUGUGAUCUUCACAAUCCCUGAGAAAACAAGAGGUCAGAUCCUGACUGACCACAACCAGUACCUUUGUUUAUUUUUGCCCGUUUCAGCUUUAUCCUGUGUGGGGUUUUUUUUUUUUCCUUGGUUUCUCAUUGACUGUGACUGUUUUAAUAACAGCUGUGGUGUACAUUAUUUUAAAGUGUUGUGGCUGCAAACAAAGACUUGAUGUUGCAUAAAACUUUCUGAACAGCUUGUAGUAGGGACUUGUGUGAACACUGUUGGAUAUUGUAGACAGUUGUGAACAUUGUGUGUGUGCCUGUGCCUGUGCC